AUGACCACAGGCGAUGGAGUGGACGAUUCUGGGGCUCAGGGCAAUGGCACUGGCGCCUCCUUGCCCAGCCAACUCAUGGACAUAUUCAAGUCACUGGCUGAAAAUGACAAGAUCAUCUUCAAGUCGCAGCAAAUCGAUGAUCCGGAACUGCCCUUCGUCGAAAAGCAGCAAAUCGCCCAAGAAUCAUUCGAGAAGAACCGCGAGAACUUUCUCAUACGCUUUGGCAGCUUCCUGAAUGCCAGCCAAUUGAGCAGUUUCCAGUCCCUGGCCAUUCGGGAGCCCAUUAAAGCGGAGGAAAACCUUGAGGAGAUGUGCCUGCUCCUGGAGGACUUCAAACGAAAGCUGAACACUCGCACCGUCUGUGUGAAGAAUCGACGCUAUCAGGCCUUGCAACAGCUCUUACAGAAAGGGGAAUACUUCAGCCAGCACGAGAUGAUGCAGCGGGCACCGGAUCUCUAUCAGGAAUUGGUCGGCCAAUACCUCACGGAGAAAGAAAAGAAGGCGAGGGACAGCUAUGAUGUGAGGAACACCAGCUUUUCGGGCAUACUAAUGCACACGCUGGAGAAGAAGCAACGCGAUGAAUUGCUGGAGAGAACACAGCUACAGACAGCCAUGGAAGAGGAGGAAGAAAAGCCACAGGAGCGGCAGGAAGUUGAAGAACCUGUGGUGGCUUCGUCCAGCAGUCGCAGGACAUCUGAGGCUCGAGUUGAGCCACAGAUAUCCGAGGUUCAUGCAUCCCCAGAAGAGGAGGAGGAAGAGGAGCUCCCGCCAGUUGUGUAUGAGGAUUUUGAAGUGCCUGCCGCUUGCCGCCGUCAAUGGGGUGAAUUCGAAGAAGAUGCCCCCAUUGCCUGCUCCACCAGUCAAAACGUGGUGUCUCCAGCUACACUAAAAGUAACAAAAAUCUCCACUCCGGAAUACUACAAUCCUGGGGAGCGUGAACUGCUGCGCAACGAGUUCUUAAGCAUGAUGAAGGAACGCUUUCUCAGCGGCGAGGAUAAAGACUUUGAUUACACAGCAGUGGACGAUGAUUCUACGUUAGAUGAUCUAAAACUAAUCGAACAAGACGAGGAAGAUGCGUAUUUCGAGCCCAGCGAUGAAGAGGUGGAGCAGCCAGUGGACAAGCCAGACGAAGCAUCCUCCAGCGAAGACGAAUUAGACGUUUAUAUGAGGCAUCUGAACAACCACCACAGUCUGCAGCAGCAUUAGUCUUUAAUUUUAGAUCUUAAAAACUAGAAAUACAUGCAAUUUGAGUAAUUUA